GACAGCAUAGCUGCGAGGAGAUACCUAUAUAUAUAUAUAUAUAUAUAGACAAGGACAACGGUGAAACAAGUAAAAAAAGCAGAGAAGAUUUCGGAUUAAAAGUACAACGGACAAACAAGCAAAAACGCAGAGGAGAUUUCGGACAGCAUAGCUGCGAGGAGAUACCUAUAUAUAUAUACAAGAGGUAUAUUCAAAUUAAUGGGUUUUCAGGGAAGUAAAUAAAUGCCAAGUUCGCAUGAUAUUGAGGGAGCAGAUGGCCGAUUAUCUUUAAAUUGAUCUCGUCAUUGCGGUGUUCGAAUCCCCUGAAGGCGUGUUUUGGCGAUGCUACGCUGGGUCGUCACAACGUUCCUCUGGAGAGAGGCCGCUUUAGCUUCUUUUUUCUGUUAUUUUCAAGAAUUUCAGAGAUUCUUUUACAUUUUAAUUAAAUUUGAAAAUGAGAGGAGAAAUUCAGUCCCGCGAAGGUCGGGAGCGUCUUUACAAUGCCAUUGCUGGAGCUUCAGCAGGAGCUAUUGCUGCCACAUUUGUGUGCCCACUGGAUGUCAUCAAGACACGGCUUCAAGUGCAUGGACUACCUAAGAAAAGACAGGGCGGAUUUAAAGGUAGCCUUAUUGUUACUAGCCUGAAAGAAAUAAUCCAUAAUGAAGGUUUCAGAGGUAUGUACCGCGGGCUUUCACCGACGGUGCUUGCAUUGCUCCCAAAUUGGGCGGUCUACUUCACUGUAUACGAGCAAUUAAAAAAAUUGCUACAGCCACAAAAGGAUCCACAUAAUGAAAUUUCAGUAGGAGCCAAUGUGAUAGCUGCAGCAGGUGCAGGUGCUGCCACUGCCAUUGUUACCAAUCCUUUAUGGGUAGUAAAGACCAGGCUUCAGACCCAAGGAAUGAGGCCUGAAGUAGUUCCAUACAAGGGUACACUUUCUGCUCUGAGUAGAAUUGCUCGAGAAGAAGGAAUCCGGGGUUUGUAUAGUGGACUUGUGCCUGCAUUGGCAGGAAUAAGUCACGUCGCAAUCCAAUUUCCUGUAUAUGAGAAGAUGAAGGUUUACUUGGCAAGUCGAGGUGGGACUACCCAAGACAAGCUUGGUCCAGUUGAUGUUGCUGUUGCCACUUCUGUAUCCAAAAUAAUUGCAUCGACAAUGACUUAUCCUCAUGAGGUGGUACGCUCCAGGCUUCAGGAACAAGGUCAUGCAAAGGAUGUGGAAAUACGGUAUUCGGGUAUGUUUGAUUGCAUUAAAAAGGUAUUUCACAGGGAAGGUAUUUCAGGUUUUUACCGUGGCUGUGCAACAAAUCUUAUGAGGACAACCCCAGCUGCUGUGAUAACAUUUACUAGUUAUGAGAUGAUUAGAAAAAUUUUACACACAUUCGAAUCCAGCACACCAAAUACAGGCAAUUCCAAGCAGCAGUCAACCUCUGCUGGUCUAGAAGAAGAUGAUUCUCUUCCCAGAGCUCAACAAUCAGCAUCUAAGAAAGGAUCUUUGGCAUUGACUAAAAAUGAUGAGUUGACUGCAAGGCAUUGAUUAUACUUCAAAUUCUUCCAACUUCCAAGACUUUCUGGUUUUAUGAGAAUUGAUAAGCAUUUAAGUCUUGUUAACAUAAAUCAGAGGUAACGAAAUAUAAGUUAAACAAUAAACUUCAACCCUUUCUAGACAAAAUGCAUUGGAAAACACAACCAAUUACCAUCCACUCCUUAAGAGUUCUAAAAGUGUGUUUAUGAUUAUGCACAAAUAAGGAACAUAAUCACACAUAACACAGAACACACGACUUUUAUUUCAAUUCACCUAUUCUUUAUUUGUAUGUCAUAUACCCUUUGCAUGCUAUU